UUGGCGGCGAAGGCCUCUGGGAAAGAAAAGAAAUGCAGCCUGACUGUCCCACGCCACGGGGGCCCGGGAGCGGCCAGAGCCAGGACCCAGGUCCCAGCCGGCCAGGGGAGCUGGCCAAGCCCCCGUACAGCUACAUCGCCCUCAUCACCAUGGCCAUCCAGAGCUCCCCAGGCCAGAGGGCCACUCUCAGUGCCAUCUACCACUACAUCAUGGGCCGCUUUGCCUUCUACCGAGACAACCGGCCUGGCUGGCAGAACAGCAUCCGACACAACCUGUCCCUCAAUGAGUGCUUCGUCAAGGUGCCCCGAGAUGACCGCAGACCCGGCAAGGGCAGCUACUGGACCCUGGACCCUGACAGCUACAACAUGUUCGAGAAUGGCAGCUUCCUGAGAAGGAGACGCCGCUUCACCCGCAAGAGGGGGUCUGAGCCCGAGCCAGAGACCCAAAGGAAGGCCAAGAGCAGGGCCCGGGCUGGGCCAGGUCGCGGGGGCUAUCGGGCUGCCGGGAUGCCAGACCCUCACAGUGAUGCCCAGGAGCAGAGGGGUGCUUCUAGCCAGGCCAGGACUACCACUGGACCAUGUCUAGCCCCAUCCCUGGAGCUGCCUGAACCCCAGGGUCUAUGCCACCCCAAUCCAGAGACACCACCCAACGAGAGCCUCUUUGGGGGCCUUGCGGAUGCCCUCCCUACCACCCCAGCUGGUCUAUACAUUUCCACAUCUGAGCCACUGGCCCUGCCAGCCUCACAGAUGCUGAUGGACCUGAAGGAGCCUCCAGAGCCAGCCAGGUCUCCUGGCCAGAGGGUGGACCCUCGAGAGCUGCCGCCAUCCUCCUCCUCAUCUUCCUCCUCUUCUGCUUCUCCAUGCCCAGCAUUCAGCCUGCCCCCAGGUUUCCCUGCCCCUCAGGGCCCUCAGCCCUCCCCAGCCAGAUUUCCAGAGAGCGAAGCCUAUGGCAAGGCAGGGCUACCCAUCUUUGGCAACUUUGGUGGGACUGAAGCUCUGGGUGGCAGCUACCAGUGCCGGGUCCAAGCUCUGAGCUUCUGCAUGGACGAGCGGGGCUGCGGUCCAGCCCUGGAUCAUUUGCUCACACCUGCUCCAGCUUCCCCAGCCACCCCAACUCAGUCAGCUCCUUUCCAAUCCCCACUACCCCUUCGGGGGAACCAGAAGGAGCCCUGGACUGGCGGACCUUUCCCACUCCAAGGAGGAGGAAGCUACCAGCUAGGGCUACCCCACUGCCUCUACCGGACCCCAGGCAUGUUCUUUUUUGAAUGAAGUCUCCUUUCUGGCCCUCUGCUUCUUCCCUUGUACAGCCAGACAGGUUCCCCAGCUGCUUCAUGCAAGGACAUGCUUAAAGAAUGGACUCUUACCUGAGGGAUGGAGCCAUGUGAUACUCUCCAGGAGAAGAUGCCCUGCUCAGUCUGUCACCAGCACACUGGGUCUCUGAGAGAGAGAGAGUGCCAGGGAUGGCAAAGGAUAGGGCUCUCCCCUGGGUAAAGAUGGGGGCCAGAAAAUUCCAGGCCAGGGAGAGGAAUGAUUCUCAGAACUGGAUGAAAAACUAAGGAUUAAAUCACAGAACUAUUAGAUCUGGAAGCGACUUAAGAAGUCACCUAAUCCAACACCUUCAUCUUACAAAGGAGGCAACAAAGGAAGGCAAUGACUUGCCUAAGGUCACACAGCUAGUAGUACAUAGAGCCCAGACCCAGGUUUUCUAAAUCUUCUUAAUCCAAAGCUCUUCUCACUACUGAACAGGACUGAAGAGGCAACAGAAACAGGAGAUCUUUGUCUUCCUUGAAUGACACAGGGUUCUGCUUCCCGAGGAUCCCAGAUUUGGGGCUAGUGAUCUCGUGCCCUGGCCCCUCCAUGGACAAACUUGGGGAGUGUGGGGAAGGAGGUGUGAGCCUGGACCUCUGUCAGAUGUUACUCAACACUCUACUUAAUAAAGCAAGUGAGUCUUGAAAGACA